GGCAGAUGCGGAAUCGGCAACCAUUAAUAUCAGUGGAAAAAACGGUCCCAAACAUCAGCUAAAUGGAGUCUGGUUAGUCAACGAUCUAAAAAUUCCAACACAACAACUUGACUAUAAAGCCGUUAUAGAUGGCAAUGAGCAUCGGCCAAUGUUAUCUAAAACCAAAUUAGGCUGGGUAGUACAUGGACCAGCACAAACCAAUCUACAAGCAUGACAUUUUACUUGCUGUCAAAUAGAAGAUGUAUGUCUACAACAAAUGAUUAAGCAACAAUUCAGUAUUGAAAACUUCGGUGCCUGUACAAUAAAGAUCGACAAAAUACGGUCUGUGGAUGAGCGGUCAGCAUUAGCAAAGGCCGAAAGCUCAAUUAACCAAAAGGGUAAUUUCUAUGAAAUUGGAUUGCCAUGGAAAUCGGAUGACAUAAAACUACCGGAAAGCAAGUCAAUGGCUUUUCAACGACUCAAAUGUCUUGAGCGAAAGCUUUUGAGAGACAAGGAUACCGCAGAAGCAUAUAAGAACGAAAUAACAAAACUUUUGGACAAAGGUUAUGCCGUCCAAUUAACAGACAUUAACGUUCUCAACUCUCCAAAACUGUGGUUUUUACCACAUUUUGCUGUUAUCAACCCAAAUAAGCACGGCAAGGUUCGACUUGUAUUCGACGCUGCGGCUACUUGCAACGGUACGUCCCUCAAUAGCAACCUGUUUACUGGCCCAGACUGGUCUAUAAUAGGAAUUUUGAUACGAUUUCGGCUACAUGCGGUAGCAGUCGUAGCGGACAUUCGCGAAAUGUUCAAUCAGAUCUCCCUUGAUUUGAUCAUCCCAGCCUAUUCCAGACUCCCAUACAUCUCGCAUAAGGAUUCGUCCUUUGAUUGUGACUGGUGUCAUGAGCCCCAAUGGGUCAUAUAG